AGCACUCCCCCCUGGCCCCCUCCAUACAUACAUACACACACACACACACGCACAGCGGUGAGAGCGAGUCUGCCACACUGCAAAACCCUGGCUUGGACAAUAGGGGCAUCGGCUGCAUGUGGAGUGAAUGCGGGCAGUGCAGAGGUGAAUCUCAAACCCCCAUUUCACACACAGCGGCGAUCUAGAGAAGGAUUUGAUACCAACCUCGAACUGACCCCCCAACCUUUAUUGAGAGAGCAGGAUGUUGGCACAAAUGUCGCUUCUCAUCGGUUUGCUGUGCCAUGUGAUGUUCCAGGAGGCAGUGACCUCACCGAUGGAGGUGGAGAGCAGGUCAGCAUUCUCUGCGGCCCGCACCAGCAGCAUGAUGGGGGGGCCCCACAUGGCGGUAACCUUCGACAAGCUCUACGUGAACAUCGGCCAUGACUUCGACCCCAGCACAGGCCUGUUCACCUGCCGUGUGCCCGGGGCUUAUUACUUCUCCUUCACAGUGGGUAAAUUCCCCAGGAAAAGCCUGUCGGUGAUGCUGAUGAAAAACAGGCGGGAGGUGCAGGUCAUUGUCUACGAUGAGCGCCAUCAGCAGGAGCGGAAAGUGCAGAGUCAGAGUGCCAUGCUGCAGUUAGAACAUGGCGACACUGUCUGGCUGCGUUUACAUGGCGACCCUAAGUAUGCCCUCUACAGCAACACGGGGCCCUACACCACCUUCAAUGGCUACCUCAUCUACCCAGAGACCCCCUUUUCCACCUUCUCCUCUGAGAUAGUUGACACCUCUGGGCAGUCCGUGGCCCCUCACCAACUGAAGGCUUGGCACCAUGGCAUGGAGGGAGGUAAUAGCCUGGAGCUAGGUCUUGCCCCCCCACCAGGCCAGGAACAGCUGACCACCAGCCUGGGCAAGCAGCAGGAUCCACGCUCAGCCUUCUCUGCUGCCCGGAGCCAGAGCCUGGUAGGUGAGGACGGAGACAGGUACAAGCGGCAGGCCGUGCCAUUUGACACUGAGUUUGUCAACAUCGGUGGAGAUUUCAACACAUCCCUGGGUGUCUUCACUUGCCGUGUGUCCGGGGCCUAUUACUUCUCCUUUAACAUCGGCAAAUUGCCUUACAAGACCAUGUCGGUCAAGCUGAUGAAGAACGACGAUGAAGUACAGGCGAUGGUCUAUGACGACAGUCACUCCAAACGGAGAGAGAUGCAGAGUCAGAGUGUGAUGCUUUCCCUGACUGAAGGGGACCACAUCUGGCUCUACAGCUACCAGCAUGAUGGCUACGGGGCCUACAGUAACCACGGCAAAUACAUCACCUUCACCGGCUUCCUCAUCUACCCCGAUCAGCAGGCAGCCAGUUGUCAGUCAGAGCCCAAGGCAAACAAACUGUGAUCACACAACCUACGCUACAGAGCUUCAGGCGGCUGAACAGCUUGUACUUCAUGUGUAUUAACAAACCCCUGUGUUGCCCUGUAAAUGUAUCAUGGUUUCCUUGUUCGAAUGUCGAUCCAAAAACCUCUGGAAAUAUAGUUGCGAAAAUCUCACAA